AUGGCUGGAUCUAAAUUGGCCUUGGGGCCAUCCAGAGUCGUACCCAAGAACUACCAGCAGUUCAGAGCCUUGGUAUUUGCAGUCAGCGAGGUCAACAAGGAUCUGCUUCUCCUCCCCAACAUCACCCUUGGCUUCCACAUCUAUAGCAAUUCUCAGACUGAGGUGGAGAUUUGCUCAAACAGCCUCUCCCUGCUCUCCACCCGAGACCGAAUGGUUCCAGGUGAUUUUGCUGAGUGUGUGGGUUUAGUCCAGCUGCUCCUGUAUUUCCAGUGGAACUGGGUUGGUCUUCUGGCCCCUGAAGAUGACAGUGGAGAACGUUUCGUCUCAUCUCUGAUGCCAAUGCUGAAGGAGAAAGAGCUUCUUCCCUAUCUGAGGAACGUCAAGUUCAACAACAGUGCUGGAGAGGAAGUCUCCUUCUCAGAAAGUGGAUUGGUUUCUUCUCGUUACGAUCUUCUCAACUGGCUUUUCCUCCCUAAUCAAUCUUUUGUCACCACCAAAGUUGGAGAAAUAGAUCUCAUGGCUUCCCCAGGACAAGAUUUUACCAUUAACUCUGAUGAAAUCAUCUGGGUCACAAAGAAGGUGCCCUUUGCCAGGUGUGGCGUGAAGAGGUGCCAUGCAGGAGAGAGGAAGAGCGUUCCAGAAGGCAAGGAAGUUUGCUGCUACCAAUGUGACCCUUGUCCAGAAGGGACCAUUUCUAAUCAGACAGAUGCAGCUCUCUGUGAUCCUUGCCCAGAAGACCAAUAUCCCAACAAGGACAAGGACCACUGCAUUGCCAAGAAGCUCCACUUCCUUUCCUAUCAAGACCCCCUGGGCUACUCAUUAACAUCUCUCACUCUUUUUCUCUCUGUGACCACAGCUUUAGUCCUGGUAGUUUUCCUUAAGCAUCACGAUACACCGAUUGUCAAGGCCAACAACCGAGAUCUCACCUACAUCCUCCUGGUCUCCCUCCUGUUCUGCUUCCUCUGUUCCUUUCUUUUCAUUGGUCAACCAGGGAAGCUCACCUGUCUUUUUCGACAAUCUGCCUUUGCCAUUCUCUUUUCCCUUGCGGUUUCCUCUGUCUUGGCAAAAACUGUCAUGGUGGUUCUGGCCUUCAUGGCCACCAAGCCUGGAAACAGGAUGAGAAAAUUCUUAGGAAAACCACUGACCAAUUCCAUUGUUUUAGCCUGUCCCCUGAUUCAAGCAAUUAUUUGCACCAUCUGGCUGGUAACCUCUCCCCCAUUUCCCAACUUGGACUUUCAUUCCUUGGUAGGAGAGGCCAUCUUGGAAUGUAAUGAAGGUUCAGCUUCCAUGUUUUACACUGUCCUCAUCUACAUGGGUUUCCUGGCCAGUGUCAGUUUCAUGAUGGCCUUUUUGGCCAGGAAAUUGCCCGACAGCUUUAAUGAAGCCAAGUUCAUUACUUUUAGCAUGUUGGUCUUUUGCAGUGUUUGGAUCAGCUUCCUUCCCACCUACCUGAGCACCAAAGGGAAGUCCAUGGUGGCCGUGGAGAUCUUCUCCAUCUUGGCCUCUGGGUCUGGUCUCUUGGCUUGUAUCUUUUUCCCCAAAUGCUACAUUAUCCUACUUAGGCCCAGUCUGAAUUGUAAAGAAAAUAUAAUGAGGCACAAGAAUCUCUGA